CUUCUACUUCUAGUGGAACGCAGAAUAAGCAACUCCCAGACUCAGCUACGCAGUCAAACUGGCCCGAUGGCAUGCUGCAGCGAACCCCAGCUCAGCGUCCGGAUGAAAUAAAGACAUUGCUGGGGGAGCAGGUUUUUGUGCAGCAUACUCAGAGGCAGCUUGAACAUGGAAAAAUCCCAUCUGCCCUUGUGACAGGUGAUACUUGAGCUCUUCUAGGCAAGAGCAUUGGCUUUAUCUGCCCAAAAUCAGCAAUGUGGUGUGUCCUGAGAGGGCAGAUGGGAUAGAUGGAGGCAGCUGGAGGCUGCUGAGCCAGGCGGAGUGGUGGGGCCUGUCCACAUGGCAGGUGCAUAGCGUAAUGUCCAUGCUGUACUACACUCUGAUUAUAGCUUUUUUGAUCGGCACACAGGCAGCUCCAAAGUCAGAGGACAAUGCUCCACUGGAGUAUCCUGCAGAACACUCCUUGCUCAAUACCCACCGGAGUAACAGACACCACAUUCCCCAAGGAGCUCCACAGACAUCCCAUGGCCACUCUACUUGGACAACAGGUAGAAGAGAAGUUAUGAAUAUCACCGUGGACCCAAAAUUUUUUAAGAAAAGGCGUUUCCGGUCUCCUUGGGUGCUGUUCAGCACACAGCCCCCCCCAGUGUCAGGGCAAGGACAGAAUAUGGGAUUUCUCAGCAGUACAGGUUCGUUCAACAGGACUGCCAGGACCAAGAGGACCACGCAUCCUGUAUUACACAGGGGAGAGUUCUCAGUGUGUGACAGCGUCAGCAUGUGGGUUGGGGACAAAACCACAGCCACUGACAUUAAAGGCAAAGAGGUGACAGUGUUGGGAGAGGUCAACAUUAACAACAACAUAUUUAAGCAGUACUUUUUUGAGACCAAGUGCAGAGACCCUAAGCCAGUCUCCAGUGGGUGCCGAGGGAUCGAUGCAAAACACUGGAACUCUUACUGCACCACAACACACACCUUUGUCAAAGCGCUGACAAUGGAGGGCAAGCAAGCAGCCUGGCCAGGGAGGCCCUAA